AAAACCAAAAAAGGGAGUGAGAGGAACCGCCUGGGUUCAUCGGCCCUCCCCUUUGUCUUUUGAAUUUUUACUCAAGGGUUAAUAAAGUUGUUUUUACCACAGAAAAAUCAAUCGAAAGGAAAGCCCCGGCACCCCAUAGCUUAGCUGACAGGAAACGGGGUUCGCAGAUUCGAGUUUGAGAGCUGCCCGGAGUCCAAAAAGCGGGUGCAGUCCCGUACCCCGCGCGCCCCGACCCUCCCAGGGUAGGUAACGCGGAAGAGCUGGGGAGAACUGGUGGCAUCGAAGCGAAGAUCGAGGGAGAGGAUGGAUCUGCACUGAUAGCUGCCGAGAAAGGCUGUGUACUCUGAAUGAAGAAGGGAGCUACUACAAUGGCUAGCGCUGGAGGCCGGACCAUGGGAACCCCAAAGCCAAGAAUCUUGCCCUGGCUGCUAUCGAAGCUGGACCGGGGGGAGCUGGAGGGCGUGGCCUGGCUGGACGCUAGGUGCAAGCGCUUCCGCAUUCCUUGGAAGCAUGGCCUGAGGCAGGAUGCGCAUCUGGAAGACUUCGGCAUCUUCCAGGCCUGGGCUGAGGCCAGCGGCGCCUACAUUCCUGGGAGGGAUAAGCCCGACUUGCCAACUUGGAAGAGGAAUUUCCGAUCAGCCUUGAACCGGAAGGAAGGGUUGCGUUUAGUUGAGGACCGGAGCAAGGACCCUCACGACCCUCAUAAGGUUUACGAGUUUGUGGACUCAGGAGCGAGGGACUCUUCCCAGCUCGACACCUCUCCGGAAACCAACGAGAGAGGCAGUACCUCUGACACCCAGGAAGACAUCUUGGACCUGCUGAAUGACAUGGCCUUGGUCCCACUCCCAGAUGGCAGGGCCCCUGAGUGGAGUCCUCUGCACUUGGACAACCCCAUACCUUGUCCAAACCCAGCACCCUCUGAAAACCCACUGAAGCAGCUGCUGGUGUCCGAGGAACAGUGGGAGUUUGAGGUGACUGCCUUCUACCGGGGCCACCAGGUCUUCCAGCAGACCAUCUUCCCCCAAGGGGGCCUGCGGCUUGUGGGCUCAGAAGCUGGGAACAGGAUGCUGCCUGGGCAGUCAAUAACACUGCCAGACCCUGAGGUGUCCCUGUCAGACCAGGGGGUGAAAGGCUAUGUGAGGCGUGUGCUCAGCAGCCUGGGCGGAGGCCUGGCUCUGUGGCGGGCAGGGCAGCGGCUCUGUGCCCGGCGGCUGGGGCACUGCCAUGCAUACUGGGCCAUGGGCGAGGAGCUGCUCCCUGACUGUGAGCACGGGCACAAAGGCGAAGUCACCAAGGACCUGGACCGCAACGUGUUUGACUUGGGGCCUUUUGUGGCAGAUCUGAUUGCCUUCAUGGAAGGAAGUGGACACUCGCCACGCUACACUCUCUGGUUCUGCCUUGGGGAGUCAUGGCCCCACAACCAGCCGUGGGUCAGGAGGCUUGUGAUGGUCAAGAUUAUCCCCACCUGCCUCAAGGUCCUGUUAAACUUGGCCCGGUCGGAGGGUGCCUCCUCACUAGAAAACACCGUAGACUUGCACAUUUCCAACAGCCAACCCCUCUCCCUCACCUCCGAUCAGUACAAGGCCUACCUGCAGGACCUGGUCGAGGACAUGGAUUUCCAGGCUGCCAGGGAGGCCUGAGCCCUGGCCAUCCACUUCCACCAAUAAAGCAGUCCCUGCUACA